AUGUAUGAGUUUGACUGUAAACCGGACGCCAGCGUUAUCACACACGGUGGCCAAUUCAUAGCUGUACAAUUUGAGAAUCAGUACGGCUAUAUACACAAGGACACCAAUAUACAGUCCCAGACUUGCCCUGGCAGCCCACCCGCCACUGAUAUAGGUACAAUAAUCAACAUAAAAGCUCAGCACCCAACAACUAACUUCAACAACGCCGACAGCAGCAUUGUCGACUACCACGUUACCAGUCCAAAUAACAACACCGACAACCAAGCCUGUUCCGCCGGAAACAACAAGUACUACUACUACUACAACUACACCGACGGCAACGCCAACAACAACGCCAACAACAACCACAACAACGAAACUAUACCAUCAUCUACACCAACACAUUCCACAUCGACAACAACAACGAGAAGAACCACCACAACAACAACUUUACCUACAACAACAACAACGCUUAAAGCUCCUACAACAGAAUAUGCGUACUGGAAGCAAGCCGCCAAUGUUACCGGCACGCCCCUCCAGUACAUCGGCUUGGGCUACAAUCUGCUCACAGGAAAUCCGGAAAUGGCAUCAGACCCAGCACUCCUGCUGGAUAAACGCGUACUUCAGUUGACAAAGACGGAAACCACGGAAGUCCAAGAGGCUUCAGUACAGCUUGGCUCCACCUGCUCAAACAGCAAACGGCACACCCUCGUCCAUGGAUCCUUGUCCCUACAGGGCGAAAUGAAGGCAUUUGUACAGGCAUCGUCAACACACCCUCCGUCAUUGACAGGUUCAAGUUUCACUGGAAAUUCAGAGUUUGUCAAAGCGCAGACGAAACUGAACGCUGGUGAAGAGGUGUACCAGGACCACGUGAUCACAUGCAAACUGGGAACAGCUCAGUAUGACCUUGUAGGCGCGCAGUCGAAUCACUUCACAGUUUCUCAUGACUUCGCCAAGGCUGUGUGCAACCUGUCGACAUUUGACAGCUCCUCUGAGUCGCAAUAUCUUACUUUCCUCGAUCAAUGGGGCACGGAUCCAAGCGUACUUGACCAUUCCGGCUAUUUCAAAGGUCACACAUCCUCAUUGACCAUUAAUAUGGGCAGGUAUAACCAGAGCGCACUCGCUACACAUUCCUUUGGAUCUCCAGAUCAGCUGACUGUCGGGAUUAUUUCCAACCCCAAACCCAUCCGAAUUGAGGUUGCGCCGAUCUUUGACUUUAUACAGUGGAAUUACUUUCAACCGAUCAUGUUUGAGUUGAAAGCGCGCCACGAGUGUGUGGACACGAUGCAGGCCCACGACCUCCAGCUGAUUGCCAACAACGUCCGGUCUGUUAUGGCUCAAUAUGGACAACACAAGGGGGCGACCGGAACCACUGAUCAUCCGUUGCAAGCGCCUGUGACAUGGCCACUCGGCAAGUUUGGAUUGAUGAAAGCUGCUUCCGGUUGCCCAGGGAACGACGUCCACUGGGUACAAGGCUGGCGCAAACAUGAUACGGAAGACUCCGGCGCGCAUAACUACUUCACCCCUGGAGUCAAUAAUUAUUUAAGUGGAUAUUUUUACACCAACAACAUCAAAACCAAUUUCUGUAUUAAGAACACUCGUUCUGUCACAAGCUACGACACCAACUGGCCGAAAGGUUCCUACUGUAUACUAAAGUACGGAGGUUCCUGUCCUUUUGGUUUUCAGAACGGGUUCAUACUCUGGGACGAUGAAGACGUGAACAAUCACAAUGAACGAGGAGGAACUCUGCCGGAUGGCGAAUACGGCAGCAACACCAAGAUUUACUAUUGCUGCAGGAACGAUGGUCGGACAUCGACAGCGAUUAGCCUGCCAACGGACCGGCCUUUUAUCCUGAUGCGCCUGACGGCCGCCUGCCAAGCCGUGUACGGUAUGGGUGUCACGGACGUGUUUGUGCGCUGGGACGACGACGACUUUAUCAACAACAGCGGUCGCGGUGGUUUGCACCCGUACGAUGACGGCGGCUCCAAGGACCACAUGCUACACUUCUGCUACUAUCACUCCACCGCUCAUGGAGGAAUUGUCGGAUAA